CCUGAAGUACCUGAAGUUCUUACAGCGCCUGCAGUUCACCAUGAGCGAACUGCUUCUCAUGAAGAAAAUAACGGUCAUGGUAAAGACGUUAACGAUGCUGGUCGUGCUGCUGGUCCGCAAGGUGUAGUUGGUGUGCCUGGUGCUGUUGAUCCGGUCGUAAAAGGUGAAGCUGAGGAUUCUGGGGACCCAGGUCAUGGUACUCAAGGAGGAAAAGGUCCAGGAACUGGUGUUGGCGGUGCUUCUCCUGUUGAUGGGAGUAGUGUGUCUCCUGGUGUUGGUUCUUCGGCUGGUGGGAGUGUUGGGGCUGCAUCGGACGGCCACAGUGGAAUCAGCGGCAGCAGUACAACAGGAGAAACUACAUCUACCCAGGGAGGCGAAGCAGCAGCAGAAACUUCUUCCUCUCCUACCAAUACUUUAGAGACAGAGAAUGCUACUGAUGCUGAUGUUGCAACGACUGAGAACAGCACUCCUGCUACAGGGAGUGAAUCAACAAAUAACCAAAAAGGUGAUAAUAUAGAUACCACUACUACCACCACCACCACCACAACACUUCCUCCUGAACCUCCAAACAACAAGAAGGGUGAUGCAGACAGCAGCAGCAGUAUCAGCAGUUCUGUGUGGGUGCGUGUGCCACUACUGAUUGUGGUUACACUUGCCUGUAUUCUUGUGUGCUGA